AUGGAAUCGACCUAUGUACCAAAAGUUCCAGAAGAAGAGACACUAACUAAAUUUUGGGGCGACAUGCCAAUGUGCCCAGGAAAAGAUAAUAUCCAACUUGUUUUGAAUAACAAAUAUUACCUCGUUGGGAAAGACAAGAAAGGUACCCCACGACAAGCAUCAAAGGGUAAAUUGUCAAAAACGGAGUGGUUUGAAGGUCUUGAAAUUGAGGAAAGGAUUCAAGCUAUUUCGACUAUCAUAGUUGAAAAUUCUCAAAUUCUACAAGCUAUUAAGAACGAUAUUCAUAAGUUAGAGAAUAAGCGGUUAAGUUCUUCUGGCUCAAAAACUGGUCAGGGAGCUGACGAAAAUGAUGAAACUAACCCUUCAUCACAGGGAUGAUCUGUACAAAAUUGGGAUGUUGUUCUACCUCCUGAAGUUUCGGGAUGAAUACACGAAAUCAUCAGUAAACUAACAUUUUUGGAUACAAAAACUCCCGAAGAUACCAUCAGCGUCCAAGAGGACCUUGUAGCUGAUCCUUGUGAAUUCUUCCAUACUAUAAAAACUGCAUGGGAGGAACUCCUCAAUGAACCUGAAGAGGAGCUUACAGAAAGUGAGCAGAAACUCCAUACAGCAUGGAGAAGAACUUUUGGAAGCGACUUCAACGGAUCAUCCAGAAUCUUGUGAGGAAAGAUAUUAUGUCUCAUUGAGAUAGCUUUCCACAACUCUUACUCAAGAUUUGUUAACGACAAGAGGAACUUUACUUCCAAGUCCUUCCUCGAUCCUGCCGAGGCGAACUGGAAGAAAACAGAGAAGAUCUUCUUGGAGUUUCUUGACUUGAAGGAAGAAGCUUUGAACUUCCUCCAAGGCGCAUCAUCUGAUGAAGCAUCAGCUGAUGAAUUUUUGAAGACAGAAGAAGCACUUCUGGCUUAUAAUGUUCCUGGUCUCCUCAAGCCUGCUAAGGGAUGCACUGAUGAAGAGGAGAUCCAAUUCUACGAAGACAUCAGAAACAUGGCCAUAAAGGAUAUCAAGGAGUACAGAACUCAUCUCAUGAUAAUGAUUAGACCAUCUGGAGAUGCUACCAAAGGAUACAAGAUAUUCAAAAAUCAAAAAGAACUGUAUCAAAUUCUAAAUGAGUCAAGAAUCUAUCAAAAUAGUAGAUACACUGACGAUAGAGUCAGAGAGUUUGCUAAGCAUCUUUUUGUCACUCUCAUUAAAAAGGGAGACGAUAUCAUGUCUGAGCAAUUAAUCCUUGAUCUGUACGAAGAUGACAAUAGCACAAAAGAGCCCGUCAAAGGAAGAAAACGGAAAAAUAGAAAUAAGCAAUCUAAUCAACAAGACAAAGAAAAGGAAAAGACAGCUUCACUAGAUAAUAACAGUCAAAAUAAACAGCAAAAACAGAAGACUCAGAAGCAGAAACAAAAGUCCAAAGCUGUGACUCCUGAUAAACCUAAAAAUAAGACUCUUGUCGAAGAAGAGAAGAAAUUGUCUGAUGAACUCACUGCCACUGAGCAAUCUAGCAAGAUUGGCAAUGAACAGGAAUCCCUCGAAAAUGAGAAACAGCAAGAAUAUAUUGAUGACGAAGCAAACAAUGAUGCUAUCAGAGAUCUAGGAAAGAUCAUGCUUCAAGAUUCCAAAAGCGAAUGUGAGAAGGAAGAUGAAUACAAACUAGAGAAAGAUCUUCUAGAAGACCAGAAAGCCUAUCAUGAUGGGGAGAAACUUGAUCUCUAUCUCUUUUCCAAGAAAACCAUAGAUAAAGACCAAAUGAAAGUCAGCUCUCUUUCAACAAAAGUGUGUGAGAAAAUUGAUAAAACUGCUACAAAUUCUGGAAGCGAAGAAAUCAAUUAUGGAAGAAAAGAGGAAGAGAAACUAAAUCCUCGCAGUUCACCUAACAGUGAGGUAAAUAAGUGCAUCUCCAAUUCCUCUGAAGUUGUAAGCCUACAUUCCGAUGAAAAGAGGCUUGGCAAAGUGCAAACCUCGGAAUCUACUAAGAAGGAGCAAUCUCAGAAGGAUCAGACCCAGAAGAAGGAAGAAACAAGGAAGAACAAGAACAAGAAACAGCAACAAAAUCAGAAUCAACAAGCCCAGAAAGAUAAGGAGGCACUGAAUGAUCAGAACAAUGGAAUCAAGAACCAGGACUUACAGAUGAACGAGUUGGUAACUCCUACGUUAGUCCUUCAAGCUUCAGAGUUUGAUGAAUGGACUGAAGUUAAGAAUAAAAGAGCAUAUGCAGGUGAAGGGGGUAAAAAGAGUUCAAAAGAUUCUAAACUUACGCAAGGGAAGAUGAUCAAUAGAGCUCACCAGUUCUCCAACAAAAAGUUAAGUGAUAAAGCUGAUAGCUCUGAGAAGCACUCCUUGAGAAGUGCUGGGUCUUUUAAACAAGAGCCGGAAUUUUCAAAAUCGAAAACUCAGAACUUUCAAACUAAAAGUAAUGCAAGCAAGAGCUUUAAGGCUAGCUAUAAAGAUAGUACUGGGCUAGUACAACCACUAUGCAAUGAGGAAACUAAGGGUGAAAGCAUUGAUGGAUCAUUUAGCAAGUUCCAAAAACACGCUAAUUAUCAGACAGAAACUCCUAGUAGUGACAGGUUGAUGCAAAUGAAGAUGGCUCAGGAGAGUUCUCCAGCUUCUGAAAUUCCACAGAGCUUGGAUCAUAACCUACCUGCUUAUCCUUAUCCAUUUGGAAGCUAUCACACUCCUCAGCCUGACUAUAAUCAGAUAAAUGAUCCGACUUAUCGGCAAUAUAUUUACGAAAUUUUAAUUUAUCAGAAGAUUUCGAAACAAAUUAUGGACGAAACGACUAACAUUACAUUGUACUCAGACCUAAUACAGAAAUACAGAAUCGGGAUCAAGAAAGAAAUCGAGAAAGUAGCCAUGGAAGCCUUCGGCCAGUUUCAUAAAAACGUUGAAGCUCAUAUUUAUGGCUCUGUAGCAGCAGAGCUAGCUCUGCCUGAAAGUGACAUGGACCUCAUGAUCACUGGCGUAAAUAGCUUUGGUAGUACGCAAGCCCAUGCUAGUAAUAUUACAGAAAUGCAUAACGCAAUCAAGGAAUACUUUGAUGAAGAGAUCCUAAUUAGCUCUGUGAGCAUUUUGAAUACUCAAGUGCCGAUUAUUAAGCUCAAGUUUAAUUUAGAGAAAUAUUACGAAAUUCAUGAUGCCAAAGGUGAUAUAUUUGUCCCAUUCAUCAACUUUGCUUCAACUGAUGCAAGCGGUUCGAGUCUUAAGGAGCUUGCUGUAGAUAUAAGCAUGAGCGAUAGCUACGAAGGUGCUCAUAUGGGACUCAAGCAGAAUGCUUUUGUCAAAGAAAAGCUAGAGCAGUACCCUGUACUCCGUCCUGUUUGUCUGACACUCAAGAAAUUAUUAAAUGUUAAUGGUUUUAAUGAUCCAUACACAGGAGGCCUCGGCUCUUAUGGACUUUUCAUUAUGCUGUAUGCAGCUUUAUGAUUCGAAAACAUGAACUCUGAUGAAAUGUUCCAGCAAGAGUCUACAUAUAAGGGGAGACUGUUCAUCUACUUCUUCACGAUGUACUCUCCCGGCUUUGAUAUUGAAAAGAAAUGAAUUUUCUUUUUCCCUGAUGGCAUGCCCAUAGUCGUUGAUAAAUUUGGAAGAGGGCCUCAUUCAAAUGACAAAUUACUUUGAGUGUAUGAUCCAACCAAUAACAAAAACAACGUUACUUCAAAGGCUUUCCGAAUAAAAGAGAUACAGGAAUGGUUCCAGUCAAUAAAAGAGAAGAUGACUUGUACUUCUCAAUAAAGUCAUUUUCCUAGUUAUAAACACAAUAUUCUUGUCCUCUAAGCUUCAUUGCUCGUAAUUAUUUUCUCCAUCCACCUAAGGCAAUGAGGAGGAGUA